AUGAAUUAUAGUUCAAAAAAGGCUCUCAAUAAAGAUCAAGUUUAUGCAAAUUCAUCAAAUAAUUUAGAAAAUCAUGUCAAAAAGGUAAAGCAAGAUACAAAUGAUGUCUCCACAAUUGAUAAUACAACUAGUGGAGCAGGAGACAUAGACCAAGUUCUUAAAAAUAAUGCAAAAGUGACAAGUAAACCAACAUCUAAACCUUACAAAGUAGAAAAUUCUCUACACAUUUCUGAUUUUUCCACUACUCAACACCCAAGUCGAAGUGCAAGAAUGCCUUCAAAUUCUAACCCUUCAACCACAUCAUCAAGAGUAGUAGCAGAAACUACAAGAGAAUUUUCUAUAAUUACAAAAAGCACCAAUCAAGGUCAGAGAAGUGGUGUUAGUUCUCGUAAUGAUAGUUUAGAGAGCACUAGUGGUGCACAUAUUAAGCCACAUACAGGAGGUGAUGUGAGGUGGGAUGCAAUUAACAUGGUUUCUAGAGGUAAUGGUCUUAAUCUUAGUCAUUUCAAGCUUCUACAGCGUGUUGGUUAUGGAGAUAUUGGUAGUGUGUACCUUGUGGAACUUAAAGGAAGUAAGGCAUUCUUUGCCAUGAAAGUAAUGGAUAAAGCAUCACUUGCAAGUAAAAAAAAGCUUUUAAGAUCACAAACAGAAAGAGAGAUUCUUGGACUUCUUGACCAUCCAUUUUUACCAACUUUAUAUUCUUAUUUUGAGACUGAUAAAUACUAUUGUUUGGUCAUGGAAUUUUGUAAUAGUGGCAGUCUACAUUCUCUUCGAUUAAAGCAACCCAACAAGCAUUUCACUGAAGAAGCUACACGGUUUUAUUGUUCAGAGAUUUUGUUAGCUUUAGAAUACUUGCACAUGCUAGGCAUUGUGUAUAGAGACUUAAAACCAGAGAAUGUUCUAGUUCGAGAUGAAGGUCACAUAAUGUUAUCAGAUUUUGACUUAUCCCUUCGUUGCUCUGUUAAUCCUACACUUGUGAAGUCAUCAUCUGCACAUGAAAGUAAUAAUGGUCCAUCUGGGAGCAUUUUGGAUGAUGAGCAAGUAAUACAUGGUUGCAUACAACCUUCAAGUUUCUUUCCACGCAUUUUACCUUCAAAAAAGAAUAGAAAGUUAAAGUCUGAUUUUGGCCUCAUGGUUGGAGGAUGCCUGCCAGAACUAAUGGCAGAGCCUACAAAUGUGAGGUCAAUGUCCUUUGUAGGAACACAUGAGUAUCUUGCACCUGAGAUUAUUCGUGGCGAAGGACAUGGUAGUGCAGUGGAUUGGUGGACAUUUGGAAUAUUCUUGUAUGAACUUUUGCAUGGGAUAACACCCUUUAAAGGUGAAGGAAAUAAAGCCACACUCUUUAAUGUUGUAGGUCAGCCCUUAAGGUUCCCAAAAAAACCUCAUGUUAGUAAUGUUGCAAGAGACCUUAUAAAAGGAUUGUUGGUGAAAGAGCCCCAGAAACGAUUUGCUUAUAAGAGAGGUGCCACAGAAAUAAAACAACACCCUUUUUUUAACGGAGUAAAUUGGGCUCUAGUUAGAAGUGCUACACCUCCUAUUAUACCAAAGCCUUUAGAUUUUUCUAAGUAUGCUAACAAAUCAAACAUUCCCCCAAUAGACAAGAAGAUUGCAGAUAUUGUUGCAAGCGAUAAAAGUAGGCAUACACAACCUAAUUCUUCUUAUGAAGAUUUUGAGUAUUUUUAG